ACUGGCGAGGAUGUUGAACAGUUACAAUCUGGCGCAGUUGCAGAACCUCUAAAUGAUGGGGCUAACAUACAGAAGAAGAAGAAGAAGAAGAAAAAAAGUACUGGCGAGGAUGUUGAACAGUUACAAUCUGGCGCAGUUGCAGAACCUCUUAAUGAUGGGGCUAACAUACAGAAGAAGAAGAAAAGUACUGGCGAGGAUGUUGAACAGUUACAAUAUGGCGCAGUUGCAGAACCGCUAAAUGAUGGGGCUAACAUACAGAAGAAGAAAAAAAGGAAAAAAGAAUUGGGAACUGUAAUAACAGAGGAACAUGAAGAAGAGGAGGCAUUGAAUAGGACUUUCGAUUUGCCGCCAGUGUUAACAGAACAGUUAGAAGAAUCAGGAAAUUGUUUAGAAAAUGCUGCGGCUUCUCAACAAACAUUUGAAUCCAGUUUUGUAAAAAGGAAAAAGCACAAAAAGAAAAGAGAAUCAUUCUCUAAUGAUGCACCUCAAGAUGGAGAAGAGGAUUUAGAUUUGAACUUCUGUUUUGAUGAUUCUGUAACCUUGGCUAAAGGUUCAGGGACGUCACUGAAGAAGAAGAGGAAAACUAUAUUCGAGGGAAUGAAUGUCUCUUGCACUCCUAUAGAAAAUGGAAAGUUUGAAAAUGUAUAUAACCAGAAAACAAACAAGGGCCUUGAAUACCAAAAAGCUGAACUGGUGACUAAGAAAAAUAAGAAGAAAAUGAGUGAAAUAUUUAGCUGGGAAGACAAAGUGGCGCAAAGUGAUGAUUCAGUGUCUGUACGGGGAAAGGAAAAGAAGAGGAACUCAUCCGUCCUCGUUGCUGAUGCAGAGGAAAACGAAGCGCAGACACACAGGGAAAAACCCGGUGUGAGGGCUGACGAUUUGGAGGAACUAACUGCUGGGGUCACAAAACAGAAAAAGAAAAGGAAGAGGAAGAUGUCUGAAGUGCAGGACAAUGUGGAAAAAGGUCGCGAGCAGGAUUUUGAGGAACAAGACAAAAAAUAUCUGAGUGCUUUGCCUGAAUCAACUCUAACAUGCAGGAAAAAGAACCGUACAGGAAGUGAAAGUGAACGACUGGAAAGAGCAGGUUUUUCUUCGCCUGGAAAUCCGCCAUUAAAUGUAACAAGAGACAAGGAAAGGAAGAAGAAAUUAAAAUCCACCGAUAAUGUUAUGCUUGAGGAAAAGUCGUUGACCAAGUCAUGCCCUAUCAUACCAGAGACCUCAGACAAUAUGAAAAACAAGCACCGAAAGCUCAAGAGGAAACUUAAUAAUCCAAAUGAGGACUUCUUUACUGACUAUUAGUCAAUAAUUGGAUGAAACUUACUGAUUACUGAUGCAGCAGCAUACAGGACUGUAUAUUUGUUAGAUGGACAGUGUUAAAGGGAAAAUGUGAAAGGUUUUCUUUAUGAUAUGGAUUUUGUUUUGUAUCAAAGCAUUUUGACUGAAAAAGUUUUCAACCUUUUUGGUGUUGAGAUGAACUGAAAAAUAACACACCAUAACAAACCACAAUGAUUACCUUUUUUUUAAGUUUUUUAAAACAUUACAUUUUUAAAAUAACAUUAAAUGAUUGUUAUCAAAUUGUUUGUGAUCACUCUUGAAUGUGAAACAAAUUACCCCGAAAAUGUCCUUGUAUCGUGUUUAUAUCUGUAUUUUCAGUGUUUUGAAUGUACAGUAACCCCAUUGUCAGGUUGACAAAUCCGGAACAUAUAUGUACACUUAAUCUGCCAUCUAAUGGGCAUUUGGCUCUCACAGUCUGAUAAGGGGAAGUGCCAUCUUUUCUUAAACUUGUCUUGUUUUAGUAUUUUGCCCAGCCACAAAAAAAAUGCAUAAAAAGAUGAUUUGUUCCCUGUGCAUUGCCUUGGAAGGCAUAUCAGUAUGCCUUCCAAGGUUUAGCAGCAACUCCACUGCUGCAGCAACCUGUGGCCUUUUAUUGCAUACAUCUGGAAGUCUGACGGACUAUCAGUGUUUGUGAGAGUUGUUACAAAGUGCACCUUAGUCAGCACCAUUCAUGGGGUUAAUAGGUAAUAUAGAGCCACUGCUUUAGGUAACAUUGUCAAGAGAGUGUGUACGUGCUAUACAUUUAGUAAGGGGAGUUUCAAUAACCUAUGGGAACAGUAACUUAGUUACUGACUGUUAGGUAAUAAGUAAUUUAUGUCCUACUGAAAACUUGAGUCAAUCCUAGGCUAAGGUUUAAAGCAUGAAAACAAAGCUGUAAUUGUAUUUUUAGUCCUCGCUUUCUUGUUAUAUUAUUUCCACUAGCCUUUUGUUUUUCUUAAACAUGUCGAGUGUUUUUAUUUUGAAGGCCAUGACCGGAAGUAGUGCGUCCCGACGAGUCUAGCGUCAGAGACUUACCUGUUAAAUCGUACGUAUAAAAACAUUGUUGAUUACAUUUUAUUUCGGAGGAACGUCACCGGAAACGAAUAGUUAAUCCUUCCCGUGAGUCUUACGGCGAAAAGGUAAACAAAGGGAGGAACCUUGUCAACGGGAGUUUCGCGUGUAACUCGAGAUGUCGCGCACGAACUCAGCGCAUCCUGUACGCGCGGUGAUCGACCACGAACAGCCGGCGGGCACGUUACAGCCAACGAGGAGCAGCGCGUCUUCAUCCGGACCCUGCGCAGUAACGAUAAACCCAGACAUGUCCUCUGACAGCAACGGCGCGCGCGUCAACGAGGCCAAGAGAGUGGCUAUUUUCGGGGGGACGCACGGGAACGAGAUGUCCGGCGUGACGCUCGUCAACCUGUGGGUGAAGAACAGCGCCGAGAUACAGAGGAAACAUGUCGAGACCAAGCCGUUCAUCACCAACCCGAAGGCCGUGGAGAAGUGCAGCAGAUACGUGGACACGGACCUGAACCGAGCCUUCACACCGGAGAACCUCAGUGCCCCGGAAGGAGAUGACCUGCCCUACGAGGUGCAGCGAGCCCAGGAGAUCAACAGGAUAUUUGGGCCAAAAGGAAGCCCCGAGGCCUACGAUGUAGUCUUUGACCUCCACAACACCACGUCCAACAUGGGCUGCACUCUGAUCCUGGAGAACUCCAAAGACCACUUCAAUCUGCAGAUGAUGAACUACAUCAAGAAAGCCAUCGCUCCGGCCAGUUGUCUUGUCCUGCUGAAUGAACAUCCUCUGUUGAAAUAUUCCACUUCACGCUCUGUUGCCAAGCAUCCCGUCGGUCUGGAAGUGGGUCCUCAGCCUCAAGGGGUUUUGAGGAGCAACAUCUUCGAGGCUAUGAGGGUGAUACUGAAACAUGCGUUGGACUUCAUCGAACUGUUUAAUAAAGGCAUGGAGUUCCCUCCCUGUACAGUGGAAGUUUUCUGGGUCUUAGAGAGGAUUGACUAUCCCAGAGAUGCCAACGGAAACAUCAUUGCCAUGGUGCACCCCAAUCUGCAGGACUGUGACUGGGAGCCGCUGAACCCCGGUGACCCAAUGUUCCAAACGUUUGACGGAAAGACCAUUCGCUACCAAGGCUCAGGCACCGUCUACCCAACAUUCAUCAAUGAGGCAGCCUAUUAUGAAAAACAACAGGCAUUUGUAACCACCAGGCGAGAAGCCCUGGUAGCGAGCGCCAUCAGUAAAGUAUGAAAACCGGUCGGUAAGGCUAACGGCGACCUCGAUCGUGCUGUUAGCCACGCCGACGGUCUGUGUGUAGAUUUUUGCACUUUGUUCUGUUAGCAAAUGACAGACUUUCCUCACAUAAUGACUAGUUACCAUCUUUCAAACACUGAUUUAGUUUGCUAUGCAUUAACUAUCAGAGAACCCAUUAACUAUGCAAAGAACAUGUGUGGAGGCUUUUCAAAGAGUCAUUGUGAAAGUCUUUGAUAUGAAGAAGCAUAUUGCUGUGGUAAGUGUUUAUGAUACUGUUGUUAUUUAAAAAAUAUAUUAACAUUAAAUCAACUAAGCUUUUGUUUAAUAAUUUUAAAGGCCAGUCCUGAUCAUUGGUGGCUUAUGAAUCAUUAAAAAUCACUCUUUAAGUUUUUCUACUACUGCUCAGGAUCAUAACCUGCAACUUUUGACCUAAAACUGUAGUUGUUUGUCCUCUUAUACAUAUAUAUUUGUUACAUCAUUGGGAGGGUGUUUGUGGCCUUUGAUACUACCUACCUGUAACUCCAAUGGUUGCAUCUGUGGUGCUGUCCUAUCGUUGCCUUAAUGGAGAUUUCAGACAAAAAAUAAUAAUUGCACAACAAAUUUGGAGUGGAAUUUGUAGAUAAUACGUGUCGGAUAACCAGAUAUUAUUUUGAUAAGAAAUGGCGUACGUUCUGUUCCUCUAAACAAAUGGGAUGCAGUCUGAAACGUGUUUUAUAAUGAUAUUCCUGUGUCUAUUUUGAUAUACUUGUACUGUAUGUUUGGUUUAACGUGAAAUAUAGUACUUGAAUCGUGGAAGGCAUAUGUACUUUUUAAAUAUUUUUUACGUCUUUGUCUGUGUAAAAGUGCAUCACUGUGGUCUAAGAGUUAUUCCUGUUUCAAUAAGCAAUAUUUCUUUGGUAGAACCAUUUAUGUGAUUAGUAACGUUUGCUGUCCUUGAAGUCCUGUGGAAAUUACACAACAAAUAAAUGUAGUGCUAUGCUACACUGUGCUGUUUUAUUGUAAGCACCCUUCAU